AUGUCCAAAUCCCCCUCCUUGCUGGUGAAGACAGCAGAGCUGCCCCCCAGCCAGAACUACGUGCUGGGAUCCCACCCCCACGGGGCCAUGGGCACCAGGGCCUUCUGUAAUUUCUCCACCAAGAGCAAUGCCUUCUCCCGGCGCCUUCCGGGGCUGCAGCCCUGGGUCUUGUCUCAGCCCCAGUGGGGCCAGGCGGUGGUCAUUGUGAUGGGGGGUGCCCAGGAGGCCCUGUACACCGCCCCAGGACAGCACAGCCUGGAUUUCCUGAAUUGCAAAGUUUUCUUGUGCCGGGCGCUGAGGCUCAGGGCCUCCCUGGUGCCUGUGUACUCCUUUGGGGAGAAAGACAUCUUCAGAUGCAAGGCUUUCUCCAAAGGCUCCUGGCGGUACCUGUGCCAGGUCACCUGCAAGAGGGUUACCAGCAUAGCUCCCCGCAUCUUCUGGGGCCGUGGUCUCUUCUCACCCAACUCCCAGGGUCUGCUGCUGCCAUUCAGCUCGGUGUUGGGGGUUCAAGGCCAUGCCGCCUGUAGCACCUAAGUUCUUGUCAGGGCAUCUGGGAUGUGUUGGUUUGUGAUACAUCAGGAACCAGGAUCACAGAGAGGGGGACACUGGGGCCCCACAAUCCCUUUCUAAGGCAACCCACGUGACUGCAGCACCUCCCACCAGGCCCCACCUCUUUAAGGCCCACAUACCUCCCAAUACUGCCUCUCUGGGACUGAGCUCCCAACACAUGAACAGAAGGGGACAUUUCCGUGACAAGCUCUCCAUCUCAUCGAGGGUACCGGGAACACCGUGCUGGGUGGGGGUGGGGGAUGAAGCU